CUGAUAAUAACAAAAACAAAAGUGUAUGUACUCUACCUAGGUACUAACUACACUAUUACAAAUUUUUAAAUCGUGGUCUUUUCAUCUUUUGGCUUUUGAGUUUUGACUUUUGGUGUUAAGUACUUAAGUGUUGACGUGUGAAAGGGACAAUCGUGUUAUUAUGUCGGAUGAUAAAAUGAAACGCUUACGUGCUCCUAAUAUAACCGAGGAAGAGAAAGCCAUUAUCCUAUAUUGUAUUUCUAAAGAAAAACAUAUAGUUGAGUGUAAAAAAACUGAUAAAUUCAAUAAUAAAGAAAAAAAUGAUGCGUGGGAAAGAAUUACUUUGAGUUUUAAUUCAAACCAAAGUGUAAAUAAGAGAGAUACUAAAUGUUUACGUCGGUUUUGGGAAGGUGAAAAGAGUAAAAGUAGGCAAGGGUUUGUAAUUGAAAGGCAAGCACGUAUGUUGACUGGCGGUGGCCCUGAAACGACUUCAUACUUAGACAUCACCCCUGAAGUUAAUGAAAUAAUUCAACCACGCAUAGAUCCCCAAAUUGUUGAGAUCCAAAAUAUUUAUGAUGGUGAUGGAAUUGAUUUCACAACUGAAAAACUAUCCACAUUGAAUGAUUCAGUUGUUUAUUUAUCAGAAAGUCAUAUAAAUGAUAAUCCAGGUGAGUAAGUAUGUAGUUAAUAAAGCUGGGCAUUUAAAUAAAUUUUAGCCAUUUAGUAAGUUUCAAUAAAUUUACUAAAUUCAGUUACUUAGUUAAGUACAAAUUCAAAAAUCGAGAAAAGUGAAGGUUUAGGACAAAGGUGGCCGAUCCCAAAUAGUUGAAGGAAAGCGAAGGCGAAGAAGAAGACUGCUUACUGGUUUUUUAACUUUUAACUAAUACUACUUCUCAGUUUUAAUAAUUUACAUGCAUUUUUGUUUUAAAUUAAUGAAUUAAUUUUUUUGUUAAUUUAUAAUUUAUGAUUAUUUUUAUGUGUUAGUAGGUACAAGCACUGAAACAAAUUUUAGUUCAUACAGAGUAGUGAAUUCUGAUCAAAAUAUAAAUAGUGACAACUUUUAUAAAGAAACAGAUCAAAUUCUCCAAUCCUCUAGUCCUCGUCCUCAUACAUCUAUUGUUGAAAAUGAUCCUUUAUAUAAUGGUAUAUUUACAACUUAUAUUCCUAUCCUAAUUAUAUUAUAAAGUUGACCAGACAUCUUAGUUUAUAAAGAUUUUUUGAGUUUUUAAAACUACAUUUUAAUUUAGUUUAGCAUUUUUUUGUCCAACAUUUACAUUUACAAUAAGUUAAUUAAUUAGUUAAUAUAAUUAGUUAAUUUAUUUAUUAGUUUCAAUAAAUUUACUAAAUUCAGUUACUUAGUUAAGUACAAAUUCAAAAAUCGAGAAAAGUGAAGGUUUAGGUCAAAGGUGGCCGAUCCCAAAUAGUUGAAGGAAAGCGAAGGCGAAGAAGAAGACUGCUUACUGGUUUUUUAACUUUUAACUAAUACUACUUCUCAGUUUUAAUAAUUUACAUGCAUUUUUGUUUUAAAUUAAUGAAUUAAUUUUUUUGUUAAUUUAUAAUUUAUGAUUAUUUUUAUGUGUUAGUAGGUACAAGCACUGAAACAAUUUUAGUUCAUACAGAGUAGUGAAUUCUGAUCAAAAUAUAAAUAGUGACAACUUUUAUAAAGAAACUGAUCAAAUUCUCCAAUCCUAUAGUCCUCGUCCUCAUACAUCUAUUGUUGAAAAUGAUCCUUUAUAUAAUGGUAUAUUUACAACUUAUAUUCCUAUCCUAAUUAUAUUAUAAAGUUGACCAGACAUCUUAGUUUAUAAAGAUUUUUUGAGUUUUUAAAAAUACAUUUUAAUUUAGUUUAGCAUUUUUUUGUCCAACAUUUACAUUUACAAUAAGUUAAUUAAUUAGUUUAAUUUUAGUCAUUAUUUACUAAUAAGUAAUAACUAAUAAAGUACUUAAUACUUAAAUAAAAAAAAAGUUUUAUUAUAAAUGUUAUUUAUCUGUGCAUUUUUUUAACAUAAUAUAAUUUCAUUUUACAUUAUUUAAAAUAUAAAUUUUUAAACUAGUU